GGAGACACCACAAGACCUCCAGAAGCCCUGUGUAUGGAAGAGGACCAUCGUGCCCCUCUCCCCAGGAGAGUGUCCUUCCUUCUGUGAGAACAGCUGCAGUGCCCUCUCUGAAACGUCAAAUGUCAGAACCUUCCAGAGAAUGUAUUUCCCCGUUCUGGCGUCCCUGCUUUGCUGGUUUCACAAGUGCACGCCAGGCUCCUGGCCAGAGCUGGCAGGGGUUGGCCAACGACUUAGCUGUGCUUCCUACCUCUGAGAUAGAAAUGUCUGCGGACGGCGGAGGCACCCGGGCUGCCCAGGACAAGGAGAGAGCCCUAGAGGUUCCGGGCCAUGGGCAUCCUUGUCCAGAAAUGCUUUCUGAGUCGGAGGAGAUGGUGCCUUUGGGAGCCACUCGGGAGUCACCGCACAUCAAGAUGGAGCCAGAAGAGCCACACCCCGAGGGGGCAUGGCAGGGGGAUGGGGCUCCGGGAACGCCGAGCUGGGUGUCCCUAAGCCAGGGCUCUAAGGAGAAGGCGCUCUUCUUGCCUGGUGGAGCCCUCCCCUCCCCCCAGAUCCCCGUGCUCGCUCGCGAGGGGCGGACCAGAGACCGCCAGAUGGCUGCGGCGCUGCUCACCGCCUGGUCCCAGAUGCCGGUGACUUUUGAGGAUGUGGCUCUGUACCUCUCCAGGGAGGAGUGGGGUCGGCUGGACCACGCCCAGCAAAGCUUCUACAGGGACGUCCUGCAGAAGAGGAACGGACUGUCCCUGGCAGGAUUUCCCUUCAGCAGACCUCUCUGGGGCUCCCAGGGACAGGGCAAGGGUGAGGCAUCGAGCUCGAGCCAGCAGAUGGGAGACGACAAGGAGAAGGCAGGAGCCAUUGAGGCGGGCAAGGAGGAGCCGGCCCCAUCCCUGGCAGCCCUGGGGGAUGCGAAGGCUUCCAGAAGCAGGGUGGGGAGAACCCCGGGGGAUGUCCUGCCGUGCAGGCAGCAAACCGGCAGUGGCCAGAGCUCAGGGCCGGCCAGAGACGGUGGGCAGCUGGGUCCCCUGCAAGAGAUGCCAGCAAAACCGGCGCCACCCAAUGCCAGCCUCACGGAGAAAGCCAGAGAGGGGCAGGUGGGCCCCCCCGAGAGCGGCGAGGAGGGCCUGGUCCCCGACGGUGAUGCCGGCAAGAAGACGUACAAGUGUGAGCAGUGCGGCAAGGCCUUCAGCUGGCACUCGCACCUCGUCACCCACCGGCGCACGCACACAGGUGAGAAGCCCUACACCUGCACGGACUGCGGCAAACGCUUCGGCCGCAGCUCACACCUCAUCCAGCACCAGAUCAUCCACACAGGCGAGAAGCCCUACACCUGCCCCUCCUGCUGGAAGAGCUUCAGCCACCACUCGACGCUGAUCCAGCACCAGCGCAUCCACACGGGCGAGAAGCCCUACGUGUGUGACCGUUGCGCCAAGCGCUUCACCCGCCGCUCGGACCUGGUCACCCACCAGGGCACGCACACAGGCGCCAAGCCCCACAAGUGCCCCGUCUGCAGCAAGUGCUUCACGCAGAGCUCGGCCCUGGUCACCCACCAGCGCACGCACACCGGGGUCAAGCCCUACCCAUGCCCCGAGUGCGGCAAGUGCUUCAGCCAGCGCUCCAACCUCAUCGCGCACAACCGCACGCACACGGGCGAGAAGCCCUACCACUGCCUCGACUGCGGCAAGAGCUUCAGCCACAGCUCCCACCUCACUGCUCACCAGCGCACCCACCGCGGCGUCCGGCCCUACUCCUGCCCCCUCUGUGGCAAGAGCUUCAGCCGGCGCUCCAACCUGCACCGGCACGAGAAGAUCCACACAACGGGCCCCAAGGCCCUGGCCAUGCUGAUGCUGGGGGCGGCGGGGGCUCUGGCUGCACCCCCGCCUGCUCCCACUUAGGAGGCAGAGGGGGGAAGGGAAUGCGCCAGGGCAGCGUGAGAGGGGUUGUGGGAAGGGAGUGGGGGGUGCCGGCAUGGGGCGGGGCAUGGCAACACAGGAGCUAGGGCGAGGCGCGGGCACGCUGGCUAUGAAUUAAAGGCCUUGGAAUUCCA